CAGACACACACACACACACAAAAAAAAAAGGAAAAGAAAUAUGUCCUAGAACAGGGCCCUGCUGUCUUGUGCUCAGUAGUCUCUGUUGGUAUGCUGAAAAGGAAAGCCAAUGUUUCUUGUUUUAUGUAGCCUCCUGCUGGUCAGAGACUCUAUUUCCAGACAGUGGGUCUGAAACUGCUCUGACUUCAUCUUACACAAACUGAUUUGAAAAGACAGUGUGAGGACUGUGGAAAAACUCACUUAUUUUUUAUUUUUUAAUUGAUUCCAAAGAAUGUUCUGAUUUUUUUUAAAACGUUAAAAGAUGGGCGUUAUUUUCAAGUGCAUAAUGUUUCUGAUGCUUUUAACUUCAGUACCCACAUUAUUUUUUUGUGAGGAUAUAAUUUUCAGGAGGUAUUCUUAACUAAUUGUAAUGCUGGACUGGAAUUAAUUUGAUAUUCUGGAUCUUUUUUAAGGUAUCAUCGAUCAUCUUUUUUUAAUCACUAUUGUUUUUGGAAGCUAUGUUCACUUUGAAAAUAUUGAGCUAUCUUAAAAGAUUAAAGAAUUCUCAACCAGUUUAUUUAAAAGCAGAGCGGGGAGGUAGGAAAAGUUACUGGGUAGCGAGUCCAGCCUCUUCCGUAGCUCUGAAAAUGUGCACCUUGCUCGCCACGCGCCAGUCCCGCUCUGAGCAGGUUUGGGGCCACAAUCUGUGCGUUUGGGUAAGGAUUGUUUAGUGGGAAUCUCCGCUCUGCUUUAAUGAGACAUUUGUGACGUUCGUUUGUUAAGCAUGUGUCUGAGCAGGCAGCUUGGACUGUUUCACUAGGUUUCUGCCAGGAACGGGGUUCACAUCUGGUGUCAAUUAUAGCAGUGGUGCUAAAGCCUGAGGAGUUGUGCUUAUUUUGCACUGACUGAGGAUAUGACUUGGUCUCCUCCAAGAUUCUUUUAAGUUUUCUCUUUCUUUUUCUAAGUAUCUGGUGCACAGUAGAACUCUGCUACUACGCACAGUGUGUGCCAAAAACCUCCCCCUUCUUGGCAGCGAUUCAGCAGCAGAGGCCAAUGCAUUCACUAGGUUAUGCAGUGAAAAUGGAGGCCUCAGAGGAGGAGAACUUGGAUGUCGCCGUCUCCUCCCCUUCUGAUGCCGAGUUUGAUGCAGUCAUUGGGUAUCUAGAGGAUAUUAUAAUGGAUGAUGAUUUCCAGCUAAUACAGAGGGGUUUUAUGGAGAAGCACUACCAGGAGUUUGAUGACUCAGAAGAAAACAAGCUCAUCUAUACUUCUAUUUUUAAUGAAUACAUCUGUCUAGUAGAGAAAUACAUUGAAGAAAAGCUGCUUGAUCGGAUUCCUGGUUUUAAUAUGACUGCGUUCACAAUGUCAUUGCAACAGCACAAAGAUGAAAUGGCGGGUGAUAUAUUUGAUAUGCUUCUCACAUUUACUGAUUUCCUGGCUUUUAAAGAAAUGUUCUUGGAUUACAGAGCUGAAAAAGAAGGUCGAAGUCUGGAUUUAAGCAGUGGGUUAGUGGUGACAUCCUUAAACAAGUCAUCGAUAUCUUCCUCCUAGAGGGGUUUAGGCACUAGCUUCCCUCUCCGGACGAGUGCUCUGCCUCCCAUUUGGAUGUUAAAACACUAAAGGUCAUGAGAAUCAAGGUGCUUUUACGUGAUGAAAACUGACUCCUUUCCCAGACUAUGCCUUCAAAGGCCCAAUCCUAGAAACCUCUGUUUAUGAAUUCCAGAUGGUAUUCGGGGACUACAGAAGAAGCUCUACGAGAAUAACAGUUUUUAAUAAAUGCAUUCCACCUAUACACCAGGCAAAGUGUUACGCGUGCCGAGAAGCCUGGCAUGUUCAGAAGGAGGUAAAUAGGACUAAUGUGUGUUUUUUGGGGUGUCAUUGUAGCUAUCUCUAAAGCGUAAUGCUUUUCAGAACCAAGAAAGGAGUAAAAAGGGCAUGUGUCCAUCCUGCUCCGGGAAGUAUAGGUGCAAACACAACCUCCGAGUCUCCCUCCCUCAUCUGUUUUUGUUCCUUUUUUUAUUCUUUUUUUUGUACUUUUCACAGUAUUGUGAUCUGAAAUGAUUCAGCUCUCUGAAGGAAGACUGUGUUUUAACCUGGACAUGUUCUAGCGUGAGACUGCCGCUCGGUUCUUUGGUGACUGAUAUGUUCGUGUGUAAUUCUGUCUGCCUUUGGCUUUUUCACGUGCCAUCCUUAAUGCACAAAGUUCUCCCAUUCAAUUUUUUCAGCCCGAGCUAAGAAACAUUGCAAAAAUAGCCAUAAUAAACCUAAAUCUUGCCCCUAGAAUGCAUUUUCUUACCUCCUUUUCUGCAGUGGUGUAUCUGCACCAUUUCUAAUAACAAAGAGGGACAGUAAAUCUGUCACGAGCGUGUUUACUGCGUGCCCAUGUCAUGCACUAAUUCACAUGCGAAUUAAAAUGCAAGUGUUUGCUAAAUUAAUGCUUAGGCUGCUGGCAACACCAGUCCUGCAAUGCCUUUUUCAACGUGCGUGGAAAAAGAGCUGAGUUGCUUGCUGGUAGGGCUGUAGCCACAAGCUUUCGACUGUCACAGAGCCCCAGAUCUGUCGACAGUUGGAAUUAACACUUGUUUGGAGGUGGGAUUGCAGCCUGUUUGGAGCUGCAGCGGUGCUCUGUUCUUGGGCUCCUCAGACACGUUAAUUGGCUGUCUCUGGAUGUGCUCAAGCAGCGUGAGCUUAAGAGCAGCUUGGGACUUGUGCUCCUGGUCCUGGAGGAGGAGCUCUGCACAGCCCCUCUCUGCCCCGUCCGCCCAGGGUUUGUGCAGCCCAGGGAGAUGCCCUUUGGCAGCGAUGCAGCUGGGGAUCGGGGACCGUCACCCUGCAAGAACCCGACCUCGAGAGAGCAAAGCCACCGCCCGGCUGUGGGUUUGUGCUCGUACUGGGGACUCGUUCACUGGGGUGAAUGAGCUGAAAUCCUAUCCGUGAUGACUUCGGUCACUGAUUUCCAAAGCGUUACAGUUUUGUGCUGCAACUGAAAUAGGGGUUUUUUUUUCAUGCUAGUGAAGCCAUGCAAAAAUAAGCAAUAAAUAUGGCAAAAAUAAGACGUAUUUACUACCAGAUUAAAGUUACAGAGUUGUGGUGAGAUGAUAAUGAGUUGUAGACACAGACUAACAGCGCUAAGGAAAGCGGAUUAACCUAUUAACCUGACAUUUUGACCAUCUCUGUACCAAAUUUAUGAAUGUAGCACUGCUCAAAAAACCUCACUAGGUGCCCAGUGUGUUUUGCUGAUGAUGCUGCAGGCUUCUGGCUGGAAUUGUUCUGGUGUGUUGAAAUCUCCAGAUCUGAACACAUAUACAUGAUCCUCUUAAAAAUAUGUUAACUCCUCCAGGUGUUUUUGCUUAGAAAUCCUUGUGAUUUGAUGUGUUUUGAUCAAAAGCAGUUCUGUAUGUCUCAUCAGGAUUUACAGGUCUUUACACAGGUUUUCACAGAUUCUGCAAUAAAUAAGAACAUUUCCCUGGA